AUGGGUGAGCACCAAAAAGGUGCAAAUAGACUGAGUGAUUGUAAGGGUUGGUUCGAUCAUACUGUCCAUCACAUCAUAUUUUUAUCUGAUGGUAUGUGGCGGGAUGGAUUCUCACAGCAAGACUUGGAGAUGAUACGUCCGGUAGUUUACUCGAAUUGCAUUCACUCCAUGUUGUCUAUACUUCGAGCAAUGUUUCAUCUACAAAUUGAAUACGCCGACAAUGAGAGAGUGGCGUGA